AUGAAAGAACUCUUAGAUGGAUUUAACGACUUUUGGCAACAACUUACAUGGACAAAUACCAAGCAAAGCAGCAGCCAAAACCAAAUUCUGAACGUCAGCAGCUUUGCAGCUCAACCAAAACAUUCGAACAUUAUUAUGGCUCCUCCAUCGCCACAAACUACUCCUCCUCUAAUCUUUAUUUCUCCAUCAAUUACCACCACUCUUUUCUAUAUUCUCACCGGAUUCGUCAUUCUACUCGUGAUCUUCGCCUGCAUUGUCGCUUUUUCCAUCAUGGUUUCCUUGAUCAUCGUCUCCAUUGUGCACAGUUGCUUCGAAUUUUUCAACGAGGUGCGUCAGAACGACCUGGAAGCAGGGAAUACGUCCCGUGAAUCCACUCAGGAUUUUCAUCGAACGAGUGGUGCGCAACGUGGAAACUACGAACAUUUAAUGCUGGAAAACAAUGUACAAGUCUUGGAAAUGCUAGAAAGAAUCCUUAGACAUUUAGGGGAAGGGCGAGACGGGACAUGGCGGCACCGGCGAGCCUUGGAGAAACUGCCGCCGUGUGUCAUUUACGGGAGCCAUAGUACAGAAUUGAAACCAAGUAGUUGCUCUUCAUCUUCAUCUUCUGGAGAUAACGAUAACAAUGAAUGUGCAAUUUGUUUAGAGGAUUUUGAGAAAGGGGACUCGUGUCAGGUAUUCCCAGUUUGCAACCACAUUUUCCAUUCCAUCUGCAUUGGAAAUUGGCUCAGGAAAAAUCCCACUUGUCCGCUUUGUCGACAUUGUCUACUUAGAAUAUGA